CUUUGAUGUGCACUCAUAUUCUCGAAAUUCAAAGGCAUUUCUAUUUAUUUCUCUUUAUUCUUUUAGUCUUUGCGAAUUUUGGUUUGAUUAUCAUCGUUCAAUAAUUUGGCUGUACAGGAUUGUAUUUUUUUCGAACAAAACAUUUUUAGAAACAGAUUGGAUAAAGUUGAGAAAUGGAUUCUACCUCCGAUAUUCCGGCAAAAGAAGUUGAAACGAAAAGUGGAACGGAAAAAGAAGUUGAAACGAAAAAUGGAACGGAAGCGGAUGUGAACGAAUUGGCUCCUGAGGAAAUCGAUAACAAAGUCGAAAUAUUAUCGGAAUCAGACUCUGACAGUGAUUUAGAUAAGUCCGUUACCCAAACUAGUGGCGAAGAAGGUGCUGAUAUUAAAACUGAAGUAACCAAAACGGGAGACUGCACAAUUUCGUCAGAUCCAGUAGAAACUGUGACUUUAACUACGGCUUCCAAAAGCGAAGAACCAGGGUUAGUGGAUACGGAAAGCAGUAGCACUGAUGAAAUAGAUGAAAGCGCGGAAAUAGAAUCCACGGGCCCCAAAAAAACUGACUUACCUAUUCCAACACCACAAAAUCCUGCUAACAUCAAAAUCGAUAACCCAACCUCCGUUUCUGAGGAGAAUACAAACGAUGACAAUGUAGAUGACAAUGUAGAAAACUCAUCUGCCAUACAUGGAACGUCAGAUAUUGAAGUUGAGAGCGAGAAGCCUGAAACUACCGAAGAUACUGUGUUGCAGGAAUCUUCAAUAGAAGAAGAAUCAAAUGAACCCACAACCAAUGUCGAGGACACCGAAAUCAAAGAAGUUGAUCCAGACGAGCAUAUCAACGAAUCACAGAAGCUUGGUAAUAAAUCAGACAUUAUUGCUAAAAAUGUAAAUGACAACGAAAAUUCAAGAUUAACCCAGAGCAAGGAGACGGAGCUUUUAGAUAAAACUACUAAUGAAAACGCCAAUUUAAAAACGUCUGAUCAGAACGUUUUGAAUACCCAAAUUCUGGACAUAAUAUCGGACAUAGACAUAAAUAUAAAAGCUCAAGAAAAAAUAACGCAGCUCAAAGAGCAAGAGCUACAACUAAUAAAGAAACAGAAUGAGCUGACAAACCAAAUCCAUCAGCAACAGAUAUUGGCCUUACAGCUAAAUGAGCAAAACCAAUUUCAACAAAGUCAAAGUCAAGAAGGUCAAAAUGGGAAAUUUGACGCACAAAGCCAUAAUAGAAGUCACCUACCAAUUUCCACCCCACCACAGAAGAACACCGCUUUCAAUGAACCCACCCAUUCAUCGAAGACGGUUGAUUUGCGUAAAAUAUUUACUCCUGCUACCGAUGCUCCAGAAAUUUUGCCGAAAAAUCGAAAACUUUAUUCCUCGUCUGCAUUUUAUUCGCCAACGCUACACCCCACUGUGGAAGACCAAGUUGAACUGGCCCGAAGAAUAUCGCAUUCAUUGAGUGAUAUUAGUAAUCAAACUUCUAAGGGUCAGUCAAUGUACGUCAAUCGCAAGAAACGAUCAGACAAAUGGGUUCAUGAAGGUAGAUCUCAAGGGAAUGAGUGCUUAAAUGAUGCUAUAAACCAACUUAAAGAAAAUUCAGAUACAAAGUCCACAUUGGAAUGCAAAAAGUUGGAAAAAAUUCCGCUAAGGCUCCUAAUGAACCCAAAUGGAAAAGUCCAUGACUAUAACUCGCUUAAAGAAUUGAUUAACACUAAAACUGGUCUACUGUCGCCUGACAAUUGCGCCGAACUAAUAACUGCACUUCAACUUCAACAAGGAAAAGGUGCGGAACUAUUUGCGAAGCGCCGCAAAAAGGCUGAGAAUUGGGUGGUCGACGAAGCCAACACAGGUACUCUAAACCAUCCGUCUGGUAUUCCAGAUUAUCAGCAGUAUCAACAGAAGCCGGCUAUAUCACCAAAUAUAUUGCCCGCAUAUUCUGAUGCGGGGAAGCAUCGCGUUCAGUUGAAUAUCCAUCAAAAUCAACUAAUUGAAAAGUAUGCAAAGCCAGGAGUGCAGGUUGUCGUAUCUCCCUGGGAAGCAGCUCUACAGACUGGUUCAGCGAGUUCAGCGUUUUUGGAGAAUACCAAAAGUCAAUGUGAUCCGCCAUCCGCCGUAGCACCACCAUUGUACUUUCCAGGCGGAAAUAAGGAUUUCACAGAUGCUGAGGAGCCCAGGCGUUCUCAUGAUCUGAAGCAAUAUAAUAAGGCUUCUGGUUCGCAAGCGGCCGAUGUCCUUUCUAAUCCGCAAAGGGAUCUGGCAUAUACUCCAUGCGUUGCCCAGGGCUGGGGAGGUCGCAGUGUGGAACUACCUAAAGGCUUAUAUGUCCCGAAAGAAAUAUCUCUUUCGAGCUAUGCCGCACCUUCUAAUCAGUACGCAGUACAGGAAAAACGCGUGGAAGCACCACGCUACGAGUCUUCACCGCACCCUUUCCCAAAAACGAAUUUUCCUGGUGAAAGCUCGUAUGGAACCAUUAACAACACCGCGUUUCCAGCGUCUAAACCAUUAGCAACUGGAUAUACUACAUUACCACCACAGCGGCAGCUCUACUCACCGUCCAGUUAUCAAAAAUCUCAAGUUGGGUCCGAAAACUUUAAGCCUCAGGUCAAUUUUAAUCCUUCGCCUUUGUCCUUCGAUAAAUUGGCGAGGUAUGAACAGCCCGAUAAAGGAUGCUCGGUUGGUGGAGGUCCACAGUACUUGAAUGCUCAGCAAAAUUUGCAUGUAGGCAAUGCUUCGCCAGUACCCUUUGACGUUGGGUACAAUAAAGUGACGUCAACAUCUCCCAGCUCUAUAGGGUCGAUGGGUUCUUCCAAUCGCAAUCUGUCAAGAACCGACUACUUCAGAAGCGGACCAGCACCAAGCAGCUUAGUUACUCGACCAACAAGCCACGACCAAUCGUUCAACAAAUGUGCCAGAGGCUGGGGAACUCUGCCUGGACAGCAGCAAAACUAUCAAAGUCAACACUCUUAUCCUUCAGCUGGAAACCUUCCAUACUCAGAUUUUUAAAAUCUAUAAAACAGCUUAACGAUUUGCGACAUAUUUACAAUUAUAGAAAUAAUAUUUACUGUGUUUUGUUUUUUUGGUCCUACAAAUAAUAAUGGUUCUACAAAAAAAAGGAA